CCGCCCGCCCCGCCGCGCUGACGCCCGGGCCGUCCUCCCGUGCCGCCGUGCGGGUGUCUCAGAGGAUUUCACUGUGCUGAAUGCUGUUUUGUUCGCUGUGUGAAGAUACAAGCCAUCUAAAAGCCUUUUCCACUUCAGUGCUUUAUAACCCAGCCUCUGUAAAUUUUGGUACAUGGCAAGAGAGUCUGGAAACAGUGGUGAAUUGCUUCACUUGGCUAUGGCUUUUAUGUGUUGUUCCUCUUGAAAGAAGGAUUUUAUGAACUUUUAUUUGAAGACAGACAAAAUUGGUGCUUUCAGCUUGAAGAUCUGAAGGCAGUGGUUCUGCUGACACAAAGGCUGCAACUCUGAGCCCUAUUCCACCAGCGGCUUCCUAUCCUACCCUGUGCCUUAAACAUGGAAACUGUAGAAGUGAAUAGUGUAUCCUUGAAACGUCCUCGCUCUGAGGAUGAUGUGGUCAAUGCAGAUGAAAUUAAAAGACAGAAGAUCUUGGAGAAGUCCAAGGCAGAGAAUGACUCUGGGCAGAGCAUUGAGAAUGUAACAGAACAACCCGAGGACACAAAAAGUGAAAUAAUCCCCACUGAGGAAAGUGAGGAGCAGGAAGAGGAGGAACUAGAGGAUAGUGAUGAAGAUGGAGAUCCAGAGAGCUUUGCAGACAUGAUGAAGCAUGGACUGACAGAAAGUGAUGUUGGCAUAACUAAAUUUGUUAGCUCUCACAAAGGGUUUUCUGGAAUCUUAAAAGAGAGAUACUCAGACUUUGUUGUCCAUGAAAUAGGCAAAGAUGGACGUGUGAGCCAUUUAGAUGACUUUUCUGUUCCAGUGGAUGAUGAGGACCCAUCAGAAGAAACAUUUACAGUUUUGUCAGACGAAGACAAGCAGCGUUUAGAGGAGCUCCAGCUUUUUAAGAAUAAGGAAACUAGUGUUGCCAUAGAGGUAAUUGAGGACACCAAAGAAAAAAGAACCAUCAUCCAUCAGGCUGUGAAGUCCUUGUUUCCAGGACUAGAGACUAAAACAGAAGAUAGAGAUGGAAAGAAAUACAUUAUUGCUUAUCAUGCUGCUGGGAAAAAAGCAUUGGCAAAGGUCAGAACUGCAACAGAUCCAAGAAAGCACUCUUGGCCAAAAUCUAGGGGAAGCUACUGCCAUUUUGUACUGUACAAGGAGAACAAGGACACUAUGGAUGCCAUCAAUGUCCUAUCCAAAUUUUUAAGAGUGAAGCCAAACAUAUUUUCCUACAUGGGAACUAAAGAUAAAAGGGCUAUAACAGUUCAAGAGAUCGCUGUUCUCAGAAUCACUGCACAAAGACUUGCUCAUUUGAAUAAAUGCUUGAUGAACUUCAAAUUAGGAAAUUUCAGUUACAAGAACCAUCCACUGAAACUGGGAGAAUUGCAAGGGAACCAUUUCACUGUUGUUCUCAGAAACAUAACAGGAACUGAUGAGCAGAUAGAGCAAGCAAUGCAUUCACUCAGGGAAAUUGGAUUUAUUAAUUACUAUGGAAUGCAAAGAUUUGGAACCACAGCUGUUCCUACUUAUCAAAUUGGCAGAGCUAUUCUACAGAACAACUGGAAUGAAGUAAUGGAUUUGAUAUUAAAGCCACGACCAGGAGCUGAAAAGGGAUAUUUAGUCAAAUGCAGAGAAGAAUGGGCAAAGACUAAAGAUCCAGCAGCAGCCCUCAAGAAACUGCCUGUAAAAAGGUGCGUGGAAGGACAGCUUCUACGUGGACUCUUAAAGUAUGGAAUGAAGAACAUAAUCUCUGCAUUUGGCAUAAUACCAAGAAAUAAUCGUUUAAUGUACAUUCAUAGCUACCAGAGUUAUGUGUGGAAUAAUAUGGUGAGCAAGAGAAUAGAAGAAUAUGGGCUUAAAGCUGUACCAGGAGAUCUCAUACUUAAAGGAGCCACAGCUGUUCACAUUGAAGAAGGAGAUGUUGAUAACUACACUAUCCAUGAUGUAGUGAUGCCAUUGCCUGGAUUUGAUGUUAUUUAUCCAAAGCAUAAAAUUGGUGAGGCCUACAAGGAGAUGCUGGUAGCUGACAACCUUGAUAUCAACAACAUGAGGCAUAAAAUCAGAGAUUACUCACUUUCUGGAGCAUACAGAAAAAUUAUCAUUCGGCCUCAGAAUGUCAAUUGGGAAGUUGUUGCAUAUGAUGAUCCUAAAAUCCCAUUAUUUACUACGGAUCUGGAUAAACUGGAAGGAAAACCAUUACCAGUUCUCCCUACAGAUGGCAAAUUCAGGGCACUAAAGAUGGAGUUCUCCCUUCCCCCCUCCACUUAUGCUACCAUGGCGAUUCGAGAAGUUUUGAAAAUGGACACAAGCAUAAAAAACCAGACACAACUGAAUACUACCUGGCUGCGCUGAAUGAACUGCAGGAUGACUUAAUUUUAACAAAGUGUUUUCUUAUUUACACGUUCUGUACAAAUCUUUAAAGAGUCACAGUAAGAGAUUUGUAUUUUUUUAAGUUUUUUAGUGCUAGCAUUUAACUUCAGUAGUCCUUUGCAAGAUGGUGACUGUAAUAUAAUACAGAUUUUAGUGACUGGUGCUUUUUACUGAAUGAGUAAGUUACCUGAGCUGUAACAUGGGCGCAUCUUUAGAAUUGUGCUUAUAAUGGCAUUAGACUUGGAAGAAUGUUUAGCUUGCUUUCUUUGGGCAAGCACUGAAUGUUUUCAUGAGGAAGACUUCAGCCACUCUUGAAGUCUUUUCAAAUAUAAUGCAUUACAUGGGGAAAGAAGAAUUACAACAAAAUUUAAGAUACUGAUGAACAUAUGUAUUGCUGGAGUUUUGCUGGUAGCAUUUGCACUGAUGCGGUAGCAGAUUCUGUUAGCAAGGCUUUUGUGUGCUGUAAAGCUGUACAGCUCUUUUAAAUAGUUCCACUUUUCAUUGAGAAAAUACUUGUAUUUUCCAGCUAAUACCUGUACCAAAGAACAGGUACUAAAAAUAAACUAACCUGAAACUCUGA